UUCCCCCUCCCGCGCAUGCGCUGCGACCAGGGGGCGGGGUGGCCGCGAGGCCACGCCCCCUCUGACAUCAUCCCGAGGCGGAAGCCGCCGCAGGGCGGGGGGGGGUUCCCUGCACCCCCAGGUUUCGGGGGGCACAUGGCAGUGCAGGGGGGCUCCGUGCUGGAGCCGGGCUGGCUCCUCUCCCCCGCCGGCCGCCCCUACCUGGACUCCAUCCUCCAGAAGAACCAGCGGAGAGUGUUCGGUCUGCUGGAGCGCCCAGCGCUGCCCCCCGCCUUGGCCGCCCCCACCGUCCCCUACAAACUCUUCCUCUCCGGCAAGAGCGGCGUCGGCAAGACGGCCUUGGUGGCCGCGCUGGCGGGGACCCCCGUGCCCCCCGUCCACCACGAGACCCUGGGCAUAGAGGUCACCACCGUGUACUGGCCGGCCAAGCUGCGGGCCAGCGGCCGCCCCGUCAUCUUCCAGCUUCAUUUUUGGGAUUGCGGAGACGGAGCCCUUAAAAAAUUUGAGCAUCUCCUGCCCGCUUGUAAGGAGGAGGCGGACGCCAUCCUCUUCCUCUUCUCAUUCACCGACCGCUCGUCCUUCGAGGAGCUGCCAGCCCACGUGAGCCGGGUGGUCGGCCCCGAAGAAGAAAAACUCGUCAGGGUGGUCGUCGGCACCAAAUUCGAUCUGUCCCCACAGGCGGACGUGACGGAGGGGGACGUGGCAGCCUUCGAGGGGACGUGGGGGCUGCCAGUGCUGCGGGCGGGCAGCAGGCCGGGGGCCGGGGCGGGGCGCGGGGGGCUGGCCAGGGUCGCCCCCCUCCUCGACGCCCUGGCUGAGAGGCUCUGGCGUCGGGACCAGAUCACUGCUGGCGUCACCCCGGGGGACGAGGAGUCCCCCCCCGCCUGACUCCCCUCCUGUGGGGGGUGAAAAUGUGCCUUUUGACCAAAAUCCAUGUUUUUCCACCAAAAAGA